AUGCCCGUGCGAUCCAAAGCGGAGUCUAUGCAACCUCAGCAAAAGAUGGGUCAGACUGCUCCAAGGAAGGUGCCCUUCUUCCUACAGUUCAUGAACCUCACCGAGAGGAUGGCCUCCCGAGGUAUGCAUACUGCCACCUUCGAAGCCUGCAUCGCAGACAUCUCCCGGAGACUCCAAUGCACGGCUUAUGCGCAGGCAGACUGCUUUACCAAUGUCCAGGUACUCCACAUCCUGUCCAAAGGACUCGUUGCUCUGGACAACAGAUUUGGAAAGAUGGGCACUGUCUGGGGGGAAGAUUUCGUCCUGGCCGACAAGUCUCUCAUCCAUGUGGUGAACUGCGUGGCCAUGUCCUACUGUGAAGUGUUUUUCCUGACAAGGGAGAACUUCAUGGCCGUGGUGGAAGCGAGGAGGAGCACCUGCCCUGAGUUGGCCUCGAUUGUUCGACGGUACUGUGUCCGCAUUGCAGUCUUCCGCGGUAUCUUGCGAGAAGCACGGAAACGGGUGCGGAUGACGUCACUUGUGGCCAAGACCAGGCCGAAGUGUGCCGAAGCGAAGCCAUCGCCACCAAGAGUUUCACUUCCUGGCGCAAUUCCCAGUGAUCCUAUGGAGCUGUCCGAGGGGCCAUUCGAAGAGGACGUUUGA